AUGCCGUGGGAACGUAGAGACCCUAAAUCUGGUGAACUAAUCCCGCUUCCUUACGAUCGUAAGCCGACCAAACGUCCUCGCUUUGUUCUCUUUUUCAUGGAGCGUCUACAAGAGCUCAAAGAAAAGCCUGAGUUCCGCAAGGCAAACCAAGACGGAAACAAAGUCUUUGAUAUUAAGUCCGCUGCUUCGACUAUCGGUGCUGAAUGGAAAAAGCUUCCGGACUCAGAACGUGCCCGUGUGGACAAGCUUUAUGAGCAGCAUGUGGCUCAGUAUGAAAAAGACUUGAAGGCUUGGCAAAAGAGUCUGACUCCCGACGACAUUCAGCGUCAGAACCAAUUUUUGGCUUACCAGCGUAAAAUGGGGAAAAAGGCUCCUGUAUAUGAAUUUGCAAAGGAAGCGGGCGCUAAAUGGAAGGCACUCAGUGCCAAGGAGAAGGAGCCAUUUGAAGAGCAGGCCCGUGCUGAUAAGGAAGAGUAUAAUAAACGCAUGGAAAGGUUAAAAUGA